UGUCCCGUGAACUCAACUCGCUGCAAUUAUUAAAUAUUGAUCGGCAGUGCCGGAUGCCUUGAACGCUGGUUGUGUGGUACGGCAUCUGGCACUGACACGAGUACGUUUAUAAAUUCUUUGCACGGUCGAAGCGCAUGUUGUUAGUGUAGAAAAUCGAAGAUACAUUCACGGUUUUAGAAUAUUGUUGCCUUGACUUGGUAAAGCCCGGUGCUGACCAAGGACAUUGCGUUCUUACUAUACAGGCACAGACGUAAUAAAUUUGUUACUAUUAUUGUAGAAGCACAAAUCAUGAGCGGGCAGUAUAUUAUUGAAUCAUUGUAAAACAUUCCACGCAAGUAAUAUUUCGUACGCCUGUACAAAGUACCGUAAAAUACGUUAUUUCCAUCGUGUGACUGGAACGAGAAUUCAUCGCUUCGAUGGGAGAAAAAAAAGACCAGCAUUUUAAGCUGCUGCCCAAGAUCAUCAACGGGGGGAUCGCGGGCAUCAUCGGGGUGUCGUGCGUGUUCCCGCUGGACCUGGUGAAGACGCGGCUGCAGAACCAGCAGAUAGGCCCCGCCGGCGAGAAGCAGUACACUUCCAUGUUGCAAUGCUUCAGGAAGACGUACACAGCGGAAGGCUUCCUUGGAAUGUACAGAGGGUCAGGGGUGAACAUCCUGCUGAUAACUCCGGAGAAAGCCAUUAAACUGACAGCGAAUGACUUCUUCAGGCAUCAUCUGUCUCCGACAGGCGAUGGCAGGCUGCCCCUGGCGAGGGAGAUGCUAGCCGGGGGGUUGGCGGGCCUGUGCCAGAUCAUCAUCACCACACCCAUGGAGCUGCUCAAGAUACAGCUGCAGGACGCUGGCCGGAUAGCGGCUGUCUCCGCCGAUGGCGGCAAGGCCGUGCCCAGGCUGUCGGCCACCGCCAUCACGCUGGAGCUGCUGCGCACCAAGGGACUGCUGGGCCUCUACAAGGGCAUCGGCGCCACGAUGCUGCGUGACGUGUCCUUCUCCGUCGUCUACUUCCCGCUGUUCGCGCACCUCAACGCACUGGGGCCCAGGAGGAAGGACGGCUCAGGAGAGGCGGUGUUCUGGUGCUCCCUGCUGGCGGGCUGCGCCUCUGGGGCGACCACCGCCUUCCUCGUCAACCCCUUCGACGUGGUGAAGACCCGCCUGCAGCUGCUAAAGAAGGGGGAGGGGGAGGUGUCUUACAAGGGCAUCGUGGACGCUUUCGUCAAGAUCUUCCAGAAGGAAGGCGUGACGGCGUUCUUCCGCGGCGGGGCUUGCCGCAUGAUCGUGAUAGCACCCCUGUUCGGUAUCGCGCAGAUGGUGUACUUCCUGGGCGUGGCGGAGACGCUGCUGGGCAUCAAGCGAGGCUAGUGCGUGCACGUGUGCCAAGCCAUCGGGCUUCCCUUCGAGACACAACACGGCGAUGUGCCCCAAUGCUCCCUUUCCCACUCCCGCAACCCUCAACUGUGCGUGGAGGAACCUUACUGAUGUUUCCUUGAUCCCAAGCUCAGGCCUGCCCAGAGAACAAGUGGCAGGGGGAUGAAAGUGAGUGCAUUCUGUCUCUGUCCCCAGAUAGUUAGGACCCCCGCCCCGUAUCAGUCAAAUUGACUAACUUAAAAUUCCUUUAAUAUAUAGUUUAAUUACUGUAUUUGCAUGUAUUUUGUUAAGUUUUUUUUUUUUUUUUUAGUUUCAUUUCAACUGCAACACAAAAAAUGCUUAACACAACAAAGGAUCUGGGCCUAUAGACACGGCCAUGUUUAGAGGGGGAAAACAGGGUAGCUUCCCCAGGCCAAACAUUCCAAGGGGCUACAAUUUUUUUUAAACAAAAAAUUUUCACAUCAAAUGUUUGGAUGUUACUUAAUGUAACAAAUAAUACAAACAGUAAGUCUUCUCUUGGAGACAGAUUUUUAAACAGCACAUGUUUAAGUAAUCCAUUACUUGCAUAUGUAUAGUCAAGAUUUUAUGGUGUAUAUUUUGACACAUAUCCAUGCUAAAAAUUAACUGUUAUGUAGUUUUGUUUCAAUUGAUGUGAAUGUUAUACAUACAGUACGUCACUAAUAUUGUGCAUACAUGGUUAUAACUAAUCAAACCGUUGAAUCACAUUUUAUUGAUCAAAACAUGAAACAAUUCAAUUGGCACUAUCAAACCUACAUAACUUAAUAAGUAGUAGGAUAAAAAAAAUAUUUGAUUGCAGGAUUCAAAUUUAUUUCUGGUACGACAUUGUUUCAAAAUUAAAUUUUACUUAUUGUCACUGCCUUAGUAUUACGAAACUAUUAAUAUUGAAAAAAAUACAAUUCAAUAUGCAGUGUUGAAAGAUCAGUGUAUCUCAAUAGACUUAAAGAGUGAUAUUCCAAGACAUAAAAAUAAGGGUUUAGGUGUUGAAUAUGCUACAUCUGUACUCUAACCGUAUUCCUAGUGCACAUUACCGCUUCCAAACUCUUAGAUAGGACAUGGCCAGUCCCUUAAUUUAGGGAAUGGACUUUGGUGUCCUAUCCGUGACCUAUCUGUCGCCCUUACAACUGCAUAUAUGCAAGGCUCAUUUUGUUUUCGUAGAUUUCAUGCAGAUGGCAGACUCUCAUCUAGCUCCAUGAUCAUACAUAUUCACUUUCGUGAGCUGCCUGUCUAAUAAAAUGCACUUGCCUCUCUGAAACUGUCAAGUAUUCUGUCAUUACAACACCAAUGAUACCACUUUCUGCUCAGACUGAUUUAUGUCAUGAUUUUAUGCAACUUGACUGCAUUUACAUUAAUGCCAAAGUAAAACUAAAAAAAAAAAAAUCAUUAAUUUUAACUAAAGGUGCAUAAUUUUUAUAAUAAUAAAGAAAAUAGUUUGUGUGAACAUCGGGGGAACGUACAAGCAUAUUAGUGUGCCAAAUGAAAUUUUUAUGAUAGCUGGAAUACGCACAUUUUGUACUCUUUAACCAUCAUAGCAAGAAAAAAAUCACACCUUAAAAUAUUCUUGAGAAAAUUACAAUAACAGCUAUAAAUACCCAUAAUUUCGUCUUCAUUCCUGUUGUUUAGUAGUGUCCCUAGACUUGGUGGGGCCCUGGGCUUUUUACUUUAAUGGCGACCCUCCAGGAAAAAUUGAAAAAUUUUAUGCCCACCUAGAACUUGAAUUUCGACAAUGGUUUUGCUAAUUUACUCUAAGAAAUGUGAUAUUCUUUCCUGAUAAAUUAUCUUCGGGUCAGUUUUAUAAAUCCUCACGGUGGAAUCACGUAAUUAGACGUGGAAAAAUACAAUAUUUGAAAGUGUAUUUUCAUAUGAAAUCAUGAAUUUAAAUUUGUAUUGCUAGCACUUUAAUUUACGUGCUAAUAAAAAUUUAUUUUCUUUUCUUUUCCGAGUAGUGUCCAUAUUUUAAAAAGAACAUUAUACAUACAAACAAGUAAAAAAAAAAGGAAAAGCACCAGUGCGAGGACCUGGGUCUUCCCGGCUGGCCCUGCCUGGAGCCGCCCUAGCUGUUGUGUCUCUGUAGCAGAGCUACCAGCAGCAAGAGUUGAAUGGUAACAACUAACAAGUUCAUGACCCUAUAAGAAGUUUUUUUUUUAACUUUUUUAAUAAAUUUGUAAUUGCAUUUGAAAUAUAUAAAUAAUAUAAAUAAAUAUAAGUAAAUAAAUAUGUCAAAUAUAUAAAUAAUUGUUAUUUGUUUCAGUGAUUGUAAUAACACCUUAUAAUACAUAGCUCAGUCCAUUUGUUUGUUUAUUUCAUAAAGAUAUAUAAGGUAGGCCCUGUGACCCUUAGUUUUUACUAGAUAUAAAACUAAAUGAUACCUAUAGCACAAUAGAAGUGAUGGCAUAUACUACAUUUAUUUCAUUGCAUAGAUAUAGAAUUAGUAAUAUACGUAUUUCAGUUAGAAAAAUUGUGUUACCAAAUUUUGCUAUGAAAAUGUCUUCUUCAGUUAUAGACCAGACACACUAAUUUUUGUUGUCUUCAUUAUUCUUAUGUAAACGUAAACAAGCAAAUUUUGUGUAGAGAGACCUCGAGCAGCGUCGUCGUUCCGCGAUGUGCAAUUUUUUUAGCCUUGCGCCGGGCACUGUUUAUUAAAGUGGCUGCCAAUCUGUUACCUUUUUGGGAUUCUGUUGGGACAUGUUCUUGAAUAAAGCCCACAAGAUAGGUUACAGCUGUGGCCCAGCAUGGCAGUGCUAAUUCGCUACCUUACCUGGACAUCUUGGAAUACCACCCUAAGCCAUAUCUUUAUGAUAAUCAUCACUGUAUGAAAUAUUAUGUAUAGCUUUUAUUGACAUAAUGGUUAGUUUUUUUUAAUUAAAGCUUUUUUUUUACUUACAGCUACAAAAAUACUAUCUUUCCACUAGAAAGUCAAUGAAUUUUUUUACAUACUAAAUAUAUAUACAUUUUUGAAAAAGAUCUUAAAUAAAUGAUUAUUGAAUUGAAUUUUACAUUUCAAUAAGUUAGUUAAAAUGAGGUAAUUUAGGUAAAUUUAAUUUUAUUUCGAGUUUUGUUUAUGAUUACAGUGUUGUGUUAUGCGAUUUAUUAAUGUAAAAGUUGAUGUUAUUUGGAAUUUUUUUUUCUUUUCACCAUUAUAAUCUUGUCUCCUUUUAUAUUUCAUUUUGGCACUUUUGCUCAUGAUUAGAAUGUAAGUUAAACUAAACUUUUAUGGCAAAAAUUUACGUUCUUUAUGCAUAUAUGUUUUUACUGUACUGUGAUCAUCUACUACCUACCUGUAUCAUAAUGAGGUAAAUCUAUGAUUUGUAGACAUAUGUAUUGAAGGAGCCUUGUAUUUGUUUUUCUGCCUCUGGCCUGACAACUCCCUAAAAAUCUCUGUCUUAAGGGGCCUGUCUGGAAUGGAUGUAUGUGUGUUGGUGAGGAGGGAUGAUAAGCGCGAUGCUCGCUGGUACUUCUAGCCGAUAUCGCUCUGAACUGGCGCAGUCUUCUCGUUGUCCAUAGGAUAACUGUGAAAUUUGAGUGGUGACCAUAACAUUAUAUGGAAUAGAAAUGAAGGUAAAGGUGUAUUGUAAGUCCUUUAAGUGCUUUCAAGAAUCUUUACCUGUUGUUUUAUGCCUAAAAAUUACUCUGAAAAUAUGCCUUGUCACCAUUUUAACUCUUCUAAAAAUAUCGUAAAAUGAGGUGAAUAGGAUCAGUUUGGAAAUUCACAUUUGAAUGUCAAUGGGAAAUAUGAAAUCAAAACAUGUUUUGAUCCAUCCAAAACUUGAGUCUUUAUCCAUAGUUUCUAGUGGUUUAGUCAUGUUCUAUUAUGUCUAAUGGUUUUUGCAAAAAAAAACUAUAAAUAUUGUGUGAUCCUAUUCACCCCAAAUAUGGGGUGAAUAGGAUCACUCACUGAAAUGUAUGCAUGAUCCUUUUUGUAGAGCCUGUGGUGUGAAAAGGAUCAGUGUUUUUCUUGCAACUAACAAUUUUUAACAAAACAGCCAUGCAAUUUUUAUUUUAUUUUUGUUUCUCAAUAAGAUUUUUCACAUUAUUUGUAAUAAUAGGCCUACAUAGCUUAGGCAUAAAAUGUUUUUAUUUUAAUGAACAUACCUGUAACUAUUCUUGAAUAUCUUAUAUAUUACCCGGUACAAGUAUAGUCUCUUCUAAAACAACAGAAAAGCACCACAAAAUUAUAAUACAUACUGUAUGGUCCUGUAUAACUAACCACUAAUGAUUUGAACUUAAGUUAUAAUUUUAGCAGCAUUUCAUGAAAUUGAGUUGUGGUUAAAUUUGAACUUGAGCUGCCCUCUCCGGAUAACUUCUGGUUCUGAAAGCUUCCCGACAACCUGGCUGAAGGUAAAACUGGAAAAGUCCAACACAGCUGGAAACACAUAUAUAUGUCCCGAAAAAUCACGCGUUUGUUUGAAUCUUAGAAAACUUGCUUCAAAGGUUUCACAGUCGAGUUUCUGCACAACUUGAUUUAUGUAAUACAGAAGUUUGCUGGGUCCUGGUUUGCUUCCAGUUUCUGCAGCGAAUCCUACAAGAACCCAGUCCUUAACGUGAAUGUCAUCUUCCGAUACAGGCUCUAUGUUGUUAAAUGUCCUUCCAAACUUUGUCACUUUUGAUUCCUCAAGCUCUUGACUAUCAAUGGAACCAUCGGAAAAGCUGUCAUCAGAGCUGUCAUCUGCAGUGUUGUUUCUUUUUUCUGGAAAGGCAACAUCUUGUGUGUUCUCAGAGUAUGCUUCUUCUGGUACUUCUGGUUCAUAAUCUUCAUCUGAUACUGGUAUCGGACACUGGACACUUUUACCUGCUUCCACAGGUAUUUUCAAAAUAGCUUUUAACGAUAAGCUGCAAACCAUACAAGUCUAAAGGAUAUCCCCAUUCUGCACAUACUAAGAGUUUUUCAACAAGCAAUUUUUCUUCAUGUUCGCUUAACACAGUCUGACCACUAAUGUGUUUAACUUUACCCUUCAAGUGUCUCUGCAGAACAGUGUAGGGAAUUCCAUACUUCUUACUUGCUUGUCUAAUUCUUACUCCAUGGUUAUACACCUCCUUUCUUGCUCUUUGAAUGACAUCAAGAUCUGGUUCACGAUACACCUUUCCUCCUGGAUUUGGAAUAUACUCACGGGGCAUUUCAAACUUGUAGUGAUCCUAUUCACCUCCAAGUCUCAAACACAAUGCAUAGAAAUAUAAAAUUAGUUCCAAAAUCAUUUAUUACAUCACUAAAAUAGAAAUGUUAACAUCAAAUAACUCUAAAUACAUACCUGAAUAAUAUAUCCAAAUACAAAUACAAAGUUAUAACUUGUCAUAUAUACUACACAUGAAGUUUUCGUACACUCACAAACUUGAUUGACUUAACCUCAAAUUUCAGAUGGCUGUUGUGUGAAGUGCUGCCAACAUGCAAAACAUUCAUACACUUCAAAUGUCAUGUAAACAAAGCAUAAAGACUAACUAAUUGUAAUUAUUUUCUGUUGCCAUUAUUAUUCAUGUACCAAUUUUUUUCAUCUUACAAUGAAGUUUUGAUCCUAUACACCACAUUGAUCCUAUUCACCUCAUUUUACGGUACAGUUUAAAAACUUAGUCCGAAAUCAAAAUUACUUUUCGGCCUCAGCGCCUCCUUAAAUAAUUUUCGUAAACAGACUCCACUCGGAUAUUUUGAGUAGUUUUUAAAUUGCGUUGUUUUUCCUGAAGCUCUGUGCACUGGAUGUGUGCCCGGGCAGAUGGCACCCUUAAGAGUUCUUCCAGUAAUGUGGGAUUUUUCAGAUGGUAGAUGACUUUGGAAUGUGAAAUUAAUUUAGUUGUGGUACUUAUAUUUUAUACACACACAAACCAAAACCACACACGACACCACACAUACACCUUACGCACAGCUUAACACACAUAUAUAGUCCAUGUCGUUACAAGAUGAAUUUAUAAAUCCUAAAGGUCCGGAAGUUACAGUAAUUUUGACAGUGCAUUAUAAAAUAAUGUCUGCAGCACUCUUUUCACGAAUCACCCACAUGGCCAUAUAUCACCAAAGAGACUAUGUUAUGUGAAAGAAUCUCAAUUGAAACGUGUACUAAUUAUUUUUCACAAAUGUUUGAAACAUGUAUGUAGUUCUUAUCAUGACCGUAUGUAGAAUUUCAUUUCAGGUGGGAAAAAAAAAGGAGGGAUAGACCCUCUUUGUCUGUUGUUUGCUUUCAAAUUCUUUCCCAUUUGUUGGUGAGAAUAAUAGAUUUUGUAGGAUUUCUUGUGUAAGAUCCCAACAAUAGGACACCUACCUACCAUCAUGUGUUAUUUGAAUGAGAGGUAUUUUUUGUACAAAAUAAUUAAUUAACAAAUUGCACAUGGGUUGCCUUGUCAUAUCUUGGUAAUGAUACCCUUAAUUAAAAAGAAUUUAAGAAAUAUUUGUUUCAUCACUCCUCUCAUUUUUUAUUUCAGAAAUUUUCGUACUAAUCAGUAGUACAAGACAUACCUAAUUUGGUUUCCUACCUUUUGCUUGGGCCCUGUACCAGGUUUCCAGGUAUAAACAGGUGAGUAUGCAUUAGUAUUUUAUAUUCAUAAUGUUAUUCAAUUGAAAUACUGUGGGAAAACUGGAAACUAUUGCAUUAUAAUCACAACCUUGUAUCUUGCUAUUGGGAACAGCUUAGUUGAGUAACUAUAGGCGCCGCGUCUUAAAUGUGUCAAUUAUGCCACUUUAGACAGUUGUUAAUUAACACCAUCUGAUCAUUUACGUACCUAGUUGAAAAACUACAUGUUCUGCCGGUAAAUUGCAUCACUUGUGGCAGUUUAGUUCGGGGCUUCCUGAACCUCUGCACAGGCGGUCAGAUGAGAGAUGAGAGAUGAGAGAUGCAGGGUGAAGGAGAGGGUGGAAAUGGAGAUAGUCACUGGGUUCUCUCUGCUUCUCUUCACUGCGGCUGCUGGGGAAGACACCCGUCCUCCUCUUUCCCCUCCCAGGGGACCAUCGACUACCUGUGUCACCACAUUCUUUGCUUUCUGAACAGCCACAACUUUUAACUACCGUCAUAAAAUGCAAUUUUUUUUCUAACUGCAGCUUGGUAUUUCAAAAGACAUCAUGUAAAUCACUCUACUGAGGAAAGUGGCACCUUAAAUGGUGUAGUAAAUAUGGAAUGGAUUUGAUAAUUUAAAUAAUUUUUAUUUCUAUGUAUAUGAAUUGCAAUUUACAAUCUAAAAGUUUUUUUUAUAAUCUCAUAAUAAAAAAGUUUGGAAUCACAUUGUAUUCAGAGUCACAUUAUUGUCGGGUAAUACGGUGUAUAUAAAAAUUAAGGUCAUUUUAAUGCCAACACGAUGGUGUUAGGUGCCUAAGCAAAAGUGGUGCAGACUCAUGUGUCACGUGGUCAGCAGUUUGGUGUGGUGAUUCUCCUAAUGGGAGGGGGAAUUCAUGUGACGUAUGGACAAACCACACGGGUAGUGUUGCCACCAGAGUUGGACUGACAUCCCUGGAGAAUACACUGAUGGAGAUGGAACACAUGUUGGGCCAAACGUCCUGAUGUUAUGGUCGAGCUUUCUCUUCGGGAUGACGCGAAUUCGUGGUGCAUGCAACUCAGGGCUUUUGUCGUGACUGCUGAAGCAAACUUGACUUGAACCUUUAACUAAUCAUUGCAUUGACACUGUGGCUUAGUACUAACCUAACAUGAGGGUCCCGGGACCACUAUGGAUACAGGGGCUGCCCUCAUAUAGUGUCCACAAUGCACACAAAAGUAUUUUCUCACAAAAGUGAGUUUUAACGAAAGAAUAUAGUGGUUGCUGACAUGUCUCUCGAUUGCCGAUGAGUCAUGGACCAUCCAUUUACUAUAUAUGGACAUUUUCUUGCCACAGUGGCAAUAAUUUCGGUAGCUUGCUACUGUGGGAUUUCUGUUUAUUGCUACCAUUAAAUAAAACUCAAUAUUUCAAAUGCUCAUUUAUUCUUAACUAUAUUCUCCACCACUUCUAUUAAAUUUGGUAGAUACACAGUACUAAUUAAAUUUAAGUACAGUCACAGUUUGCAUCUUAACCUAUACUUAACAACCAUAAUAUUUUUGACAAGAAAUUAUUAAACCUUUUAAGUAAUCCAAAUUUACUAUCUUUGGCCUUAGCUGUCCUCUUAAAUUAACACUUAAAAUCUCAAAUUGCAAUAGAAGAAAUAGUAAGAUCUCCAAGGACUAUAAGGACCUAGGUCCGACUUUCAUAUUUCUCGUGCUCUUUUACAAACUCAUUCAGUUACAAGCGGGGCAUGGAGACACCGAAAUAGGUUCAGGACUCCUAAGCAUAGUAUUGAUUGUCCUAAUGCCAGUUUUUGAGUAGAGACUUGCCAAUCGCCUAGUUAGGUAAAACUGCCCUCGGGUAGAACUAAACGCAUAAAACAAAUGUUGCUUGUUACUUACUUAACUGGAUGAUGACUGCGUAACCCAUGGUUGUCUGAACACAAUGCAGUGACAGAGUGCACAUGCAAUGGUUUCAGCAUCUUUUUGAGAAGUAUUUGGGAUCAGACAUACAAAAGCCAAUUUUGCUCUAUCACCUGUUUACCUGACACUAGAGAAGAUCAUCAUUGCUGAUGCCAAUAAUCAAAGCAUCAUAGUAUCAGGACAAUAAUGUUGACUACUGUCAAAUAGAAUAUUGGUUUGUUGGCAAAAGAUGUUACUUCUCAUUUGAUGAUAGUAUCUACAAAAAAUGUUUUGUUCAACGUUUUGAAUGGUAAAGCAGCAUCUUCAGAUAUUACCUAAUUUUCUGCUUAACGUAAAGUAAUUAGGCAACCAUUUCAUUUAUGAAUGCUGUUGUGUUCCCGGAAGAUUUGUAAAACUGAUAUAACUAACCAAAAUAUUAAAUUUUGUAUCAUAACUAAAAAAAAACCAACAAACUAUUCAGGAAGAAAAUUAAAAAAAUGUGUUUCGAAUGUAAUCCCUCCAUGUUGGAAAGACCUUUGAAAAAAAAAAUCUUUUUCAAUUCUAUGUGGCUUAUACAAAUGAUCCUUGUCUAAAACUACAUCCUGUGAAUUUUGGUUGGUUCAUGAUGACUAUUUAAAGCCAAUGGGGUUCGUUGGGUACCCAUGCCCUUACAAGUUGGUGAUAAUCAAAGAUAAUAAUGUUGGAAAUCCUUCAUCAGAAUUGGACUAUAACUUUGAAAAUUCUGAUUAAAUAAAUGCUCAGUAAAUUUUUAUAUUUUUACAAAACCUUUGGAAUUGUAUAUUUUAUUUUUUACUAUGAACAAAAAAAAUGCUAUUAAUUACUAAACCUUUUCUAGCAUAUAAAAUUCUUUAAUUUUUCCAUUUUAUUUAAUUAAAUGAUUAAAAAAAAUUCAGGUUAAAGUUAUCUAUUUAUAAUAUAUUUCUUUAUACAUUUUUAUUUUAUGCAUUAUUUUUUAUGAUUCACUCUAAAAAAACUAUUCAAGGUUAUGGGUAGUCUUCCUCUAUCACGUGUUAACUCAGAUCAUUCCACUGUCUCUUCCUGUACUGCAUAGAGUUGCCGUCGUCCGGGAUCUCGGGCUCGAGUCCCGGUGCGGCUCCUAGCGGAAAUGGCUGUUGUCGAUGUAGUGUUUCCGGAUGGGCGCCAGACUAGCUCUGUUUCUAGUCGAUAGGUGGGUCGUGGGGUCGGUUGCCCUGCGUGGCCCACUAGGACCGUCGGCGGUGUUGCGUGGGAUAUGAGGGAUUCCUUACUUGGCGGUGGUUGGGAGUUGUAUGGUUAAUUGAUUAGACGCUGAAUUAAUGCGGCAAAUGACGUGCGUCGUUUAUUCAUGUGACUGUGGGCUUGGUGUAAUACCGUGGAUUACACACCACGUCGUACAGAGGGUGACGUCACACAAUACAUAAGUUACACAAUUACACAAAGUUAUUCUGAAAAGUUACGUAAUGAAGGCGUGGCAUAAGUUUACAAAAAUGUUACGUGAUGGCGCGUUGCACAAGUUUACUCAAGAAUGUUCCAGGUUCAAGGCGUCGCACAAAAUUACUAAAAUGUUACGUAUUAGCGUGGCAUUAGCCGGUUCUGAGCCUGGUUACACAAAAGGGGUUUGGGGACGAUUGGAGGCGGCCAAACCCGUAUAUCUAUGUCUCGAGGCGGUGUUCGCGUCCACUGUAGUGGAGCGCGGACCGCAGCUAAAUUCGUCCAAGUUCCCUUACGGGGUGGUGUCAGCGCCGGGGCGACUGGCUUUAGUUCAAGUUCUGUGGUUCGGGAGGCGGCCCGUGCCGUAUACUGAAAACUACCCCGCAGACCAAGUGUGGUGCAGGGGGUUUUAAAAUUUAUGCGGCCGGAUUAAGUCCUGGACCGAAAAUUUGGACCGGGUACGCACGGAGAGAUUAAUAAAAAGAGGUUUCGAGGAAGUGACUAUAAUUACCAGAAGUGAGUUCAAUGCAGACAAUGGAUCAUGUCUCUCCGUGGGACGUGCGUCCGCCCCGGUCCACGAGUCGCGCUGUACUGGCGUGAUGUCAUGGCGUCCGGCCGAGGCUCGGUGUCCCUCGCGCCAGUGUUGACCUCAUUACGUUAUUUUCCAAUUUAACAAGUUAACAAGAGAUUUUAAGGGUGCUAAAUUCCUACAUUAAUUAUUAAGGCUAAAUUAACAUUACUCACCCCUUCUACAAUUUAGAGUUAGUAUGUUUACGAAUUAUGUUUUUUAAAUUAUACGUCACACCAGAGACUGUUCGUCUCUUGCCGGACUGCUCCGGUGGGGGGUAAUAACGAAACACAAGGGGUUAAUAAUUAUGUCACAUGAAUUACUUAAAUAAUCUAGGCAGAAGGCCGCCAGGGGAACACUCACACAAGUAUCGACACAUUUUCACACGUGAGUGCCCGGGCACUCCUACGUCGCACUUUCAUUAAGCGAACGUUUAAUUUAUACGUAAUGUUGUUUAUAUUCUGUGUGUGUUUUAUCAAAGUGGUCGACUGUAAUGUCGGUCUGUUUAUUAUGGGGCCGGGUUCUACCUUGUCUGCCGGUGGCUUGCCUGUCUCGGAUGGGCCAUGGCUAGGGGCGCAUUCCGUUAGCGUGGUUGAAUACUGGCGGUUGCAGGUCGGGCUUUAGGGUGGCCUUCGGUCGGACGACGUCAGAGUAACAUGUGCAGCGCUUUUCUGUCGUGCCACACUUUCUUACUCAAAUACUCACACUUUAAACCUCGGCAACCGUGAGUCUGGACCACUUUUGCCCAGGCAACUUAAUACCAUCGUGUUGGCAAUAAAAUUACUUUCAUUUUUAUAUUUAUUUCAAGUAAAUAACAUACGAAGGUAAAUUACUAAUGCAAACUCAACUAUUUAUACCUGGCAACUUGGUACUGGGACCAAGCAAAAGAAAGGCAACCUAUUUUUUUUUCUUCUUUUUAGUAAGUUUGGUACUACUGAAUGGUAUGAAAAUUUUUGAAAUAACAUUUGAAGGCAGUGAUGAAAAAAAUAUUAAUUAAAUUCCUUUUAAUUGAAGGUAGCAUGGCCUGGAUAUGACCAGGCAACCCCGGUGCAGUUUGUUAGAUUAUGAGUUAUUUUGUAUAAAAUGCACCUCUCAUUCAAAUAACACAUGAUGGUAGGUCGAUUAUAGUCAGGAUCUUCUACUUCACCCUGCAUACACCCCUGUUACUAUACAAUAAAUCAAAACAGCUAAGAUUUUGUAUGUAUUUUUGAGUCUUAUCAUCAGGAGUGAUAGGACUGAUAAACUAACCGGCCAUUCGUAGUCACAAGACUCGAAUUUUAUCUAAGUUGUACCACGACUUUUUGAAUCACCUUACUACUGUUACUAUUAUUACGACUUCUGCGAUGGGCAUUGUUAACCUGACUUGAUAUUAAUUGUUUAUGUCAAUUUUCCUGUUAUUUUAAUAGUUUUCAAACCAUAAAAUAAUAAAAAAAAUGUUUAAGGCCUAUUCCCAUGUGAUCUGAUCGCAAACAGAAUGUUACUGAUGUAAUCAAACGACAAUAAUUCACGAGGUGCAAUUGCUGAAGUUAUAAGUUAAUGUUUGAAGCAACAGGAUUGCUUAUGGUUAGAGACUUGGAAAUUUUGCAGAUUCACUGGUUGACUGGCCCUCAGUCAUUGAGGUUGGUGUCAAAAUAAUUAUGAUUCAGUCAUUGAAGUUGAAGCAAUACUAAGUAUGAAUGUUUGCAUUCAACAUUUUGACCAAAUGAAUACACAUAAUUUCCAGGUCCUACUUAUUGUGUUUGUUAUAUAUUAGCUUGUUGAAGUUUUGUUCCUGAAGAUAUAGAAUUAUGUUGUUGCCAAAAUUCUAUAGAGAAUUUUAGCUGUUGUAGAAGUUUAAAUGUUGAAGCUGUAACAUGUGCUUUCAGAAUAGAUUAAUAGAUUCAAUGGAUGUGAGCUGCUGUCUCGAAACGUGUUCAGUGGGUGCUUGAUGUGAUUUAAUAAAUCACUUUACCUCGUAUCAUUUAACUGUGUUUUGAGAUCCAUCUAACGGACAGUGGAAAUGUUGCUGAAUCACAAAAUCUCUAUAUAACAAAAUUUAAGAGACUGAUUUUUUGUGUAUUUGUUAUAGAGGAGUUCUUUAUAAAAAGGUGGAAUGAUACAAGUCCAGUAAUUCUAUGAUAAUGGAUUUCCCACUCAUUUUGGAAAUACGACGUAAAAUUUUUUAGUGUGACUGUAACAAAAACCACAGUGUAUUUGUUACAUCAGUUGGUUCCUGAAAGGAAAAAUUUAUUUUACAAUUUUACAACUAAUGUUCUAUUUCAUUCAUAUUAGAGAUGUACCAUUUCCCAAACACCAUGAAAUUGUGACAGUCUAUCAGCACAUGACGAUAUUGAGGAAUUGUACCAACAAAAAUAAACUUUAAAAAAUUAUAUCAAAAAUUUGUACGUCAUUUUUUCCUCAAGGCUUGAAAGUCUCAAGGCUUGUACAUCUUGUCAUUUCUGUAUCAGUAAUUUUCAGUGUUAGUGGAAUUGUUUUGCAAAGUUAUAUUUGUGAAUUUUAUUUUUAAUGACCUUUUAAAUAUGAAUGUUCUAAAUUCUCAUUAUGUAUUUCAAAAAAAUAUUUAAAACAGUUUUUUUUUUUUUAAUUUUAAAUAAAAUGAUUAAAUAUUAAUAAAUAUUUGAUGUUUUUAAGAAAACGUAAUGUGAACUGUUAUAAUUCCCUUUGUUGUUACAAUAUUCAUCCAAAAGAGAAGAAAAAUGUUGGUACAUAGGUGAUAAUGCUUUGUGUAAGAUAGGUAAAGUUUUGAAUGUGACCUAGGAAACAAUUUGUUGAAUGGAUUUUUUUAUACAAAAAGGGUUUGUUAUAUAGAGGUUUUACAUAUUUACUGCCUGAUUGACUAUUAGAAAUAAAUGUGAAUGUAGCAGUAGAUUAUAACUGCACAAGUCAGUAUGCAGUUUACUGACUAUAAACAUUAUAGCCUGUACUUCUUGCUCAUGAAAUGUUAAGUUACAACAGAGGUAAAAAAUUUAUGAACAUGAAAGAAUUAAAAUAUAUAUGGUACUUUGCUAGAUAAGAACUGAAAGAUGUCAUAUUAGUUUAAAUUGAUAUGUGACAUAAAUAUUUUGUAUUGUUUAGUAUUGAAAAAUUGCCUUGGUGUAGCCAGAGAUAAUACUUUAAGAGAUUCUCAAAGUUAACAUGGUGUCUAUUGACAGCUAUUGUGAUUCUCAAAGAUGAAUUUAAUACCACGCCCAAAUGACGUCACUGGAGAAACCUUUUGUAGCAGCCAGACCCUAUUUAUUAUCUUCAAACAUGCCAUUAUUUUAUAUUUUAUGCUCUAACAAAACCAAAUUUUUAAAACUAAACAAUAUAAAACUAUUGUGGCUUUAAAAAAAACUGUUGAAAUCAAAAGGUGUAUAUAUUUUGGUUCAUAUCUUUCCUCCUCAACCCACAAUAAGUUAACUCUCUAUGUACUCUAAACAAAAACAGUGUUGUCAACAUAAUAAAAAACCAUCCACAUAUUCAUACUCUAAAAAAUAAUACAUUUUUAAAAGUACUAAAGGUUUUGAAAAAUAUCAUACACCUUCAAUGGAAUUAGUGCAUUUAAUUUGAAUAUCUGGUGUAUUAAUGAAAGUUUAAUUUAUCUUGGUUUUUAUAUAUAUGCUUACAUUAUGAAAUAUGUAUGUACAUUUGUUUGAUAAAAAUAAAACUACAAAAGAUAAUUUUAAAUAAAACAUUUUGCCGAUAUGACUGUGUUGCUAUAUAUCAACCAAUAAAAUCGAUUCCACGUGCUGUUUCAUUUCUGUUCAAACAGCAAACUACAAUCAUCAUACAACUAGACCAGGACAAAGUAUCAUUAAUCCAACGCGGAGAAAACAACAGCAAACCAAGGUUCGCAACUUAAUUUCCAAAUAAAUGGUCCAAUAACAAAUAUAAAUAUAUUAACACCAGUUAUACAGUUUUGUAAUUACAGAAACUGAUGCAGCAUAUAUAAGGCCUACAAGCAAUAUUCAUUUGAGCAUUGUUAAUCUUUGUGAUCCAAUUUUCUCACAUCUCCCAAAAACCUGCAAAUUUCAUACCUCUCGUUCAUAAUGAAAUGACAAAAUAAACUCUUAGACUGUAUCAAAGACCCACUGUGAAUAAAAAUUUUAAUUAAAUCUAGUAUAGCAAGUAUAAAUGAGCCACGUGGAUCAUGCUUUAUUAAACACAAGACUAUUCACUAGAAACUACACAAAAUCUGAAUAAUAAAGAAAUGUUAAGCCAAAACAGGAUUUAGAAGGAAAGUGCGAAAUACAAUUUUGAAAACAACUACAAUGAAGUUACAAAAAUUUGCUGUACUAAUUAAUAUGAUACCUUGUCCUCACAUUGAAGUGAACCAAAGCCCCAAGGGACUAACAUCAGAGAAAAUUGCUCUUAACCCAAGCUACCAGCUCGAAAUCUACAGCAAAAGAAGGCUGCUGCCUUAACGUAAUCAAGCAUAAAACAAAUCCAACUGCGUAUGUUCACCAGCACAUCUCGUUGCUAGGC